UAGGAUCCCAAUAUGGCAGCGGCGGCAGGCGCAGGGGCCGCUGCCGUCGGGGCUGUCCGCACUUAGGGCCGCUGCCGCCGCCCGUGCCGCUUCCCCCCCCCCGCUUCCCCCCCCCCCCCCCCCCUUCCCGGACGGGCGGAGCCCUCAGGGUACCUCGGAGUCAGCUGCGCCCUGUCGCGUCCGACAUGAGGGAGAAGGGCCGCAGGAAGAAGGGCAGGACCUGGGCAGAGGCCGCCCGGACGGUCCUGGAGAAAUAUCCUAAUACACCUAUGAGCCAUAAAGAGAUCCUUCAAGUUAUCCAGAAAGAAGGACUUAAAGAAAUCAGUGGGACUUCCCCUCUGGCCUGCCUGAAUGCUAUGUUACACACAAACUCCCGAGGGGAAGAGGGCAUUUUCUAUAAGGUCCCGGGACGCAUGGGAGUAUAUACUCUGAAGAAGGAUGUUCCAGAUGGGUUGAAGGAGCUCUCUGAUGGCUCGGAGGAGAGCAGCGAUGCCCAGUCAGACUCUCAGAGCUCAGAGAACAGCAGCAGCAGCAGUGAUGGGUGCAGUAACAAAGAUGGGAAGAAAAGCAGAUGGAAAAGGAAAGUAUCAUCUAGACUGUCACAGACAUCCUCUCCUCAGUCAAGCUGCCCAUCACCUUCCAUCCAGACAGGCAAAGUCAUCUCCUCAUCCCAGAAGCACAGCAAGAAGGCACUCAAACAGGCCUUGAAACAGCAGCAGCAAAAGCAACAGCAGCAGCAAUGCAGAGCAGGCAUGCCUGUGUCGUCUAAUCAGCACGUCCUUCUGAAGGCCGUCAAGGCAGCCAGUGACUCCACACCUGCAAAGUCUGCUUGGGAAGGAAAGCAGUCAGAUGGACAGUCAAGCAGCCCUCAGAACUCCACCUCCAGUUCCUCUUCCUCCGUUAAGCUCGAUAACUCCUUGCCAGGGUUGGGGAAGAAACCAUUCCAGAGAUCUGACAGGCUCCAUGCAAGGCAGCUGAAGAGAACAAAGUGUGCCGAAAUUGAUGUGGAAACUCCUGACUCCAUCCUCGUGAACACAAACCUGCGGGCACUGAUCAACAAGCACACGUUCUCUGUUCUGCCUACAGAAUGCCAGCAGCGCCUGCUGCUGCUGCUGCCAGAGGUGGACAGGCAGGUUGGGGCGGAUGGUUUGAUGAAGCUGAGUGGCUCUGCGCUCAACAACGAGUUCUUCACUUCAGCUGCCCAAGGCUGGAAGGAGAGGUUGUCAGAAGGUGAGUUUACACCAGAAAUGCAGCUAAGAAUACGGCAAGAAAUAGAAAAGGAGAAGAAGGUUGAGCUGUGGAAGGAACAUUUUUUUGAGAGCUACUAUGGUCAGAGUUCUGGACUAAGUCCUGAAGAGUCCAAGAGGCUGACAGCAAACACCAGCCCUGCUGAGACAGAGACUGAAAAUCCAGCAGCUGAACAGCCAAAAUGCACGCCAGCCUCUCUGGCACCGCUCAAAGAGGAGAUUACUUCUCCGUUAGAGUCUAAAGCACAAGCAGCCCAGGAAGCACCAGCGAUGAGAAAAGGAGGAGAGGAAAGAAGAGAGGACAUGCAGCCAAAACCAGCCAAACCCGCAGAGGCCUCUCUUUCCCCAGAUGGUUGUGCAGUGAAACCUAGUGACUGUUCCCUCUCUACGAAAGAGAGAGUCCAAGGAGAACCCGUUCAAGAGAAACCACCAACUGCUGCUAGUCAAAAGCCAGGUGAAGAGAGAAAGCACGCUGCAUCAAAGGAAGUGCUGGGGAAGGAGACUGUCAGUACCUCAGCUUUGGCCCCAAGUAAACCAAAGAGCCCCGAAGCAGGUGAAGUACUAGCAAGCCUGAAGAGUCCAGCGAUGACUUCAGACACACCAGAAAAGAAGUCCCCUGUAAAUGAAGAAAUGGAAAUCGGUGUUGAAGCCCAUAAGAGGAAGUCAGAGUGUCACGAAGAAGCUCUAACCACUCCUGAGAAAAAGCCACGCAUCAUGGAGAACUGUCAGCACCACCAGGCGUUUCAAAGCCAGCCGCAGUCCUUUCCUGCAACGGGGACACCGGUGCCACGGGUACCGCCACUCAAGAUCCCUGUUUCCAGAAUCUCCCCAAUGCCAUUUCCUGCGGGCCAGGUCUCUCCCAGGGCACGCUUCCCAAUCUCGCUCACCAGUCCGGGAAGAACAGGGGCCAGAACCUUGGCAGACAUCAAGGCAAAAGCCCAGCAAGCCAAGGCUCAGAGGGCAGCGGCCGCUGCUGCCGCCACCGCUGCUGCUGCCGCCGCCUCGACAGGGGGGGCUGUCCCAGGGCCUGGGCCUGGCGGUGGUGGGGGCCCACCAGCCGGUGGAGGAGAGAAGAGUAACGCAGCCGCAAGCGGAACCAACGAAACUGGAAUUCGAGGAAAUGCACUGGAACUGGCAGGAACUGGAAGCGGGGGAAGUUCGAGAAGGUUUCUUCCCCAUUGUCCAGGGACCCGUACCCAAAUGGAGACCCAGGCCACGGACCAGGCAUCACCUCACAAUCCUUCUAGAGCACAACUACAGCAAACUCCCACACCACAGCCCAGAGCUCCAGCCAGCCAUACCGGCAGCAGCUCCUCCUCCUCAGCGGUAUCAGCACUAGAGAAAAUCAGCAGAAUAAAACAGAGCUCCCCCUGUAUGACUGUAAAUCAGGUUUCAGGCUCCCCAUAUGCUGGCGGCAGUGACACACAAGAGAAAGCACCUUCUGCUCCGGCGGGUCCCAGCCAGGCCGGCGGGACACCAGCUGUCAGGGACGGAAGCCUCUGCGUCACUGCGUCCGUGGCAGAUACCAACACAAACGUAAGUAAGGUAGCACCUGCGGCCUUAGGAGGGACAAGGUUAGAUGUGUGUAAAAGCAAAUCUCCGUCCCCUCUGAUGUCUUCGCUAACAUCCACGAGCUCGGAAGCCCAGGCUGGAGGUGUGGUCACACCUCCGACAUCAGCCUCACCCUCUCACGCUUCGUCAGUAGCAUCCAGCCUUAAAACUCACACAAGUUCAAGCUCAAGCGGGGCCAUCCCAAAACCAAGCUCCAGUAUUCCUGCUAACAACCCUUUGGUCACCCAACUUCUUCAAGGCAAGAACGUGCCUCUAGAGCAAAUCCUGCCGAAGCCUCUCACCAAAGCAGAGAUGAAAACGGUCACAUUAGCUCCUCACGAAGAAAAAGGGGCAGCAGCAGCAUCCAGCGCUACAAGUGUAGCGGGGAACAGCGCUGGAGCAGAGGGUGGUGAGAGACAAUCGAGUUUACCCACACAACAGCUUGGGAAGAUCUUUUGCCAGAACCGGCCUCUGCCUCACGUUCCAAGGACCUUUCCGGUGCCCUUGGGAAAGGACCACAGUCUUGACCAGCACCAGUGCCACGAGGCGCUCAGCAAAACAACCCAAGAGCAGAUCCUUCAGACUCUUAUCAAGAGGGUCCAGAGGCAGAAUUUGUUACCAGUCCUUCAGCCUUCACAACUGAACCUUGCUCACUCGGGUUUCCAGGUAGAAAACAGCUCUGCCAGCCAGAGAUUUAUGCUGGGUUUCGUGGGCAGAAGGACGUCCAAGCCUGCUAUGUCUGGUCAUUACCUGCUCAACAUUUCCACCUAUGGUCGCGGUUCAGAGAGUUUUAGGAGAGGCUUCUCCUUGAACCCUGAAAACCGCUUGUGUCUGAACAGUCCUGCUGAGGCUCCAAAAGCAGAAUUUGGGGAAUGUGAGGAGACAGCUGGCCACGGCAGCAGCAGUGAUGAAGGAGAUGCAGAUGAGAGUACUGGUGAUGAACGUGAACAUAUCAGCGUUAAAGAGGAGCCCCAGGCGUCACAGGCUUCUGGUCAGUGUGAAAAAGAACAGGUAUCCCAUAACAUAAAUUCUUCGGAUUACAGCACCCUUGCUAAAGGGGGUGUAAAGGCAGAAGCAGCCAUGUUUCAGCAAGCAGCAGUCGACAAGGAGAACGUUCAGGCACUUGAUGGAACUGUGCUAGCACGAGAUGUUAUCCAAGCCGCUCAAGAGCAAAUGGCACAUGCCAUGAGGGGGAAAAUGCACAGCAAUCCGGAGCUUUUCAGCACUGCUGUACCGUCCUCGGACUCUGCGCAGCAGCAGCCUCCGCUGCUUUCUCCUUCGCACCCUCCCAAACUAUCUGGCAAUGCUGCAGCACAGCUCAUCGGGCCCAGUUACAGCGGCACAAUAAAUGUCUCCACUUCCCCGGAUGUGAACCAAGGGUCUCUUAUGACUGGGCUGUCUGAAUGCAAGCAGUUGUCCAGCAGCAUGGGGAACGUCAUGUCCUUCUCUGUGACUGUAACCACCAUUCCCACCAGCCAAGCUGUGAACUCUGGCAACCACAGUCAGACCAUCCCCGUUCAAGCCUUCGCUGAAGACAACGGCAUGGAGGAUUCCCCUUCCAAAUGUUACUGCAGGUUGAAAGCCAUGAUCAUGUGCAAGGGCUGCGGUGCCUUCUGCCAUGACGAUUGCAUUGGCCCCUCUAAGCUCUGUGUCUCCUGCCUCGUUGUGCGGUAACCGGGACGGGAAGUGGGGAAGAGGAUGGCUUGGUUUUGGUUUUGCUUUCGAAAGUACGUUGGGAAGAAACAGGAAACUUACUGCCUUGCACAAGAGACACGUUACUGAAUCAGGAAUACAGAGUAGAGUUCUUCUUUCAUUAAAGAAAGAGCACCUUCUUGUACAGUGAGUCUAAAUUGAGCUCAACUACGUGAAUUGUGACAAGAGUUUGCACUUAAGGAAUUAUGUAAAUAUGUCACAUUAUUUUGUUUAAAAAUAUUUUUUCAGUCUUUUAGGAGAUAGUGUUUGACUUGUACUGCAGUUUCAUUAACCCCAGCCUGCUAUCCAGCAUGUUUGCUGAGCUCUGCUCUAGAUGGGGGAACGAACCCCUGGCAAAAUCUUAGCCUGUUGCUGGUCUUCUCUCGACAGCGAGAAGAACUGGGUAAUUGAGAAACUAAACGUUUGUACUGACUGAUCACAGAGCGCUGAAGCAGGAAGCCCUGAAUGGGCUCACUUUGUUGCUCUAAAUUUUAGUUCAAAUUUUUCAGAAUUGGAAGGCGUUAACUUUGUGCCAGCCUUUCAAGUAAUUGCCUUUCACAGCGACCUGGCUGUUCCCAGAAGGCAUACUGGGUUGUGCAAUAUUGGCUGGUGUUUCUGAUUCGCAUAUCCUCUCCUCUUCAAGGAGUCAGUUGCAGUAACCUUGUUUUAAGGAAGGUAGUGUCUUGAUUUGCUACUGGUAAAUACUGAAAAAAAGCAACUGUACUAACAAUAGGAUUCAAGAAUUUAAAUCACUAAAGCAACUCAGUAACUGUGAUUGUCCCAGGAACCAUUUAAAGCAGAGAUCACAAAUAUGUGCUGAACUGCAUUUCAUUUCUGGACUGUCAGGACUCGGCAGAAAUCUGCUUUCUUAGGCAUUUUGAGUGAGCUGGAAGGCACCAUCCCAGGCAAGAACCAUCAGCUGUUAACGGCACGCGAUGCAAGUGAAGUGCACUCGGCGUCACCCUCGGUCCUGCUGUUUUCUGGGAAGCUUACUGUGCUCAUUCAAACCUCCUCGAUAGUCAAACGUCUCUAAUUUCUAUAGAAGAUUUUAUAUUUAGCUAAGUAUAGGGACAGAAAAAACAAGUGUCUUGUUGGGCCUCACCGUUAGCCCACUGUGGGUGUCUCUUUGUGUUUUUAAAAUACCAAAUCAGGCUUGACCCAGCUUGGCUUUUGCUCAGUUGAGGUCCAGGGUUGCGUUGGGGCUGGGGAAGGCUGGGGGGGGGGGCAGGGGCUGCACCGCACUCCUCGUACUGACUGUGGGACACAGCUAGUGAUGCUCACCCUCACUUCCAGUGUUCCCAAUUUCAUUCCCUUUGAUUAAUUGAAAUGAAAGCGGUUGCAAAAUGGUACUCUGUUCUCAACAAGAACUGAUGACAGGCUGGCUAAUGAAGCACACGCCCAUCUGCAGUUUGAUGUAUCGCAACAUGUCUGCAUCACGCUGAGGGUCUGUAUGUUACUUCCCUUCCGAAACACAGAGCAUCAGGUUCACUAAUCAUGUCCAGUCCCAUGUUGUCGCUGUUCGGGGCGGGUGGGGGCCAUACUGCAUCUUGGUCGGGUAGCAGAUCUAUGUAUCUUUUUGAUGGAAAAGCACUAAUUCACUUUUAAUCCAAAGGCCUUUUUAAGAUGAAGCAAUAUUAGCAAAAUAGGUGGGACAGCUGUUUUGCAAGCUGGGGUCCUCAGCCUUUCUUUUGUCUCUCCAUUUGGUUCUGCUUUCCCCUUUCCCUUCUCCCUCGCCCAGGAACCUGGCAUGCUGUUGGGAAAGAUCAGAAAUAACUGCGGGUGAAGCAGUGUGAUUUUCCACGGAGCAGGUGGUGAUUUACUUGGUGACGAUACAGAAAAGAGGGUUGCAGAGUUAAUCGGGUCGUAGCAGACAUGUUUCCUUCCCUGUGCAGCAGAGCAUGGCAUCCUCCAAAUCAGGAGUAGUGGCUGUGAGUUAGCAAGAACUGCAGUGCGUUUUGGUCACUGGUUUUUGCUCAUCUUAAAUUCACUGGGGAGCAGUGACCCCUGCUUUCUAAUUCCGCAUCUCUGUGCAGACGUCCAGUGGUGAAGAGGAUUUAAGUACCCGAAAUACAGUCCACUUUUUAAAUCUAAAACUAGAAUCACACACACACACCCAAAUUACACAAAAAUUAUUCUCGUGUGCGUACUGCCCCUGCGUUGGCGGUGGUUGUAGCCCAUGAAACACCCCACCGGUCUGUGCAUGUUCCCACUGCUGCCUGCAUGCACGCGCACGCCGAGGGGCAGAGCAGCAGGCAUAGGGCUGGCUUCUUCUGUUGCAACCCCCGACACUGUGACGGGGAUAAUCUCAUUUCCUGCGUUGACUCGUACACCGGCGCUGGAGCAGACAGCAGUCACUGCCUGCUGCCAGCUCUUGCUCUUCAGUAAGAGGAAUUUCUGCCAUUUUCUUCAAUCUUGCGAUGCAAUGUGAAAUGGUUUCUAGCUGCGUGCCCUGGGGAGGCCGGUACUGAGAGCAGGGUCUGUCUGCUCCUUAGUAACUCGGGCCUUGUCUAGACAUGAAAGAAGUUACCACAGCACAGCAGUUGCAGUCCUCAGUCAGGCGCAUUCAUUCCUGUCUAAGACAGAUCCCCCGGCAUAAUCCAAUUUAAAGAUUGUUGCUAGUCACAAAUUAAACUAAAAAAGUCAUUCCUGCCUCAAAUAAGCGCAAAGAGGUUUUGCUGGCAUAAUUGGAUCAAUUCUGUCCACACCUUUUAUCAGUGUAAUUUUUCUAGGCCAACAAGGCAGCUUAAGAGGGGGAAGGGGAAGAUGAGGGAGCAGCAGGCUGUGAUGUGCUGGCUUGCUCCUGGCGCUCAGGGGCUUUUCAACCUGUGACGGGUGCUGUGUGGAAGGGCUCUUCCAUUGCUCCUCACAGUGUUCUCUAAACAGCUGCUGGCCCUGGCUGCGGUUCGAGCUUGUUCCUCCCUUCAGAUCUUACGAGCGUCCCCUGUAGCACGUGGGUCCGGGUCUCAGUGCCACAGACACCUCUAGGGAGUCUCCUCUGGAAGCACAAGAAGCUGCCGUUUCCCGAGCAGUCCUGCAGGAAAUGUGCCUGCUUGGCCUUUGCCACCCCGAGUCGGGACAUACAGUGACCAGAGAAGAUCUCGGUGGCUUCAGGCUUGUAUUGGACAGUGCAGGUAUCUUGUGUGAUGACCUGGAAGUUUACAACCUGUUCAGUGCCUUAGUUACAGUUUAACAGAUCAGCACUUUUCUUGGGCUACUUUUAUUCUAUUUCUUUUUAAGAAAAUAAAUUCUUUUAACUGCAUGUCUUUGAUUUGAACAUACGCUAUGAGCUACCAGGUGCAACUUGAUGGAACGGUCUCCACAAGCUUGCAAGAGGGCAUUAAGUAGUUAGGAAAUCAUUAGAAAUAAUGGGGCUCGGUGUAAUAGUCACUGUAAGUACAGGUUGACGGAAAACCUUGAAAGUUUUGCAUGUUUUACAGUGCUGGUUAUUGAAUAAUGUAUUUUACAAGGGGGAAAUCCUGCAGCCUAUAUAGGAGUGUUCCUUAUGUGGGGUCAGUCUCCACUCUUCCCAUCAUCUGGCCUUCCUGCUGUUCCUUCCAGCAAGAUAAUAAACCUGCCUUCACAGUGGCUUUAUAAAAUAAAAGCGACGUCGUGACAUAGUUUAAAGCAUUAGACUUCGGUUCCCCCAGGUAUUAAUUUAAUAGCACCACAGUAAAUUCUGUCAUAAAAAAAAAUCUGAGACAAAAUGUUUUCAAAGCCUAACGUCAAGCUAUGUUUGUGGCAGAAAAGCAACUUGAGUAAGGCAAGACACUCAAAUUUAAAUUUUCCUUUUCUGGCCACAUCCAUGUCCUGCGGUGUGAGAACUAGAAAUACAGACCAAUUAAUGGUUUAACUUUCUAAUGCAAAAAACCGCGUGUACAAGUUGUUGCAACAGAGGAGUUAACGCAGCCCAGUAAAGGAGUUCAGGUUUUGAGAUAGAUUGGUGGCACAGGGAAGGAAUUUUGCAUGAAAUUUUAAGUGCCGCUUCUUGAAAGGAAAGACCAAGAUGCCGGACAGUGAUGCUGGUCAGUGGAGUUGUAUCUUUUUAUCUGGUGGUAAGAAAUAGCGGACGGGGCAGCAAGUUCCUGGUGAGGUCACUGACAGCCAGGAGGUGUCCUCAGGUUGGUCCUUGUGGUGGGUGGCAGUGGCUGCUGCAGAGGCAGCACAGACCAUCCCGGGCCGGUUCCUCCCGCUGUGCACGCAGGGGUGGAUUGGGAGUGGAACUUGGGCUUCUCCCCGCGGGGGAGGCUGGGGGGGGCAGGGGUGGUGGUGGAAGGGUGAGCACCGGCGCUGCCCAGGCAUCCUCCCAUGUCUCGAGGCGGGGGUUGCCAGUCUUCAGUGCUGCGCAGCAGCGGCGGCAGCAUGAGAGGCGGUGGGAGCUCGUGGCCCAUGCGAAGGCUGGAGGCAGGGCCGCUGCUCUGGUGGCACUCUGUGCUUGUGUCAUCGAGGCACUGUGACUCGGAAAAAAGACGCAGCCUAGGGGUUUUUCCCACUGAAAGGCCAGCACCGUUCCUCAUUGGAAGCGCUGCACGGGGAAACUUUCGUUUGACUUGGGAGUUUUGCUUGGGCUGGGCUGUGCGGAAGCCCCCGCGCCUGGCUUCGCCUCGGUGGCUGUGCUGGUCUCUGGCAGGAGCGGUGGAGGGUGUGCGGCUCCCAGGCGGGGCCGGCCGGGCUGGCGCUGGUUUGAACCACCAAAAUCCCGCAUCCGAAACAGGGGGGUGGCUGGAGCGGCGGUAGAAGGCGAAGGGUGGCACGUGCACGCUUGAAUUACCUCUGGCGACAUCACACAUCGGGUGCUGGCGCGGGGAGGGGGGGAAGACCGUUCCCAGGACAUGGCUGCUGGUGCACAGCGUGGCGCGGCGUUGAGGAGCAGUCUCCGACCUGCUGCAUGCGGAGCAAACCGGGGCGAGCUCCUCGCCCGCACCAGGUCUGUUUGCCCCUGGUAUCUCGCAGGGAGAACAGCUGGAGCAUUCAUUAGGAUGACGAUAUCUGGAAUUUUCUUUGUUACCUAGGUUGGGGUUUUUUUAAUGCUAUACAUUUGAUAUAACUGAAGAUCAAUUUUAAGAGCUUACAGUAAUAUAUUUUGAGUAAUAUAUAUUUUAGUAUCUGUAAAAAAAAAAAAUUGACAAAGGAUGAUUUAUGAACUAGAUAAACAGGGUACUGGGAGUAUGCAGUUUCUCAGCAAGGGCAAGAAUAGUUUUAUUAGGAGGAAGACUGAAAAGAUUCAGUUUUAUCCAUUAAUGCAAUAAAAAUGGGAAUUCUUAAAAGAAGAAAUCCAAUACUGUUUACCACGUGCUUUUCUUGUUUUGACAACAGGCCUGUAAACACAGUUUAGAAGAUACUAAACCUUUGUCUGUCUUUUGCCUUUUUAAAAGGGACUUACAUUGGAAUAGAGGGUAUGUACAGAAAAAUCAAGUUGACACCAUUUUAAAAUGUAUUUUUACACAAAUAUAGAAAAAACAUAUUUUACAUAAGAAUUUUAAGUAUUUGAAAUAUGUAUAUAUAUACUGUAUGUACUUCAUAUAUUCUUUAUUUUACAUUUUCAAUGUAUUAAAAAGUAUUUGAGCUGGUUGGAUUUGAGCAUGUAAUAAUGUAUUAAAAAAAAAAAAAAAGAAAAGAGGGAGGAAGGAUGCAAGUACUGCACCACUGCAGUAGCUGCUCUUAGCAACUACAGGGUAGUAGAGGAACAAGUAGUUCAGGAGCAAAUUAAUUUUGGAAGAGUUUAGCAGUUUUAGAUAGAGCAUACAGAGCAUUUUUCAGUCUUGCAUCCUGUUUGUGUUUCCAUUAAGACUCGUUCAUUUUGCCUCAUAACCACCCAAAAUAAUCUAUGGUGAGAAGACAAGAAGUUGAGGUGGAUCUUUUAUACAAGCAAUGCUACCUUUAUAGCCAAAGAGACAUACUGGUACGGAAGCUACUCAACCAAAACGAAAUCAGAAGCUACUCAGUUUUGCUGUGCCACUGAAAUUUUAAUAAAUAGCUUGAUUUCUUGUGUGAGCAUCUAACAGUGCUUACGGGGAGCUCAAACAAUACACCAAAAGUCCAAUGAUUUCAAGGAAACACUAUCAAAGCAGAUUUUUUUUUUGUUGGGUUGUUUGGUGGGUUGUUUUUUUUCCCCGCUUUGUAGGAAUUUUGGUGAAAAUAUCACAGUAGAGGAUGGUACAUCAUUGCAGCUAUUAGAAACAGAGUGAAUUCUCACCAGGAAUGGGAUCCUAGAGAUGCUCCCCUUGAGCAGCAAUUACCCGAUACACACACAUGGCAAAGGGCAGCCGCAGAGCAGCUCAGACAGCACGAGGGGCACAAACCAGGCGCUCAGCGCUUUCAGGAGUCGGCUGAGAUACACGGCGCUGUGUACUGCACACGGUGCAUCCACUUCCCAUGCCUCCUGCUACUGCUUCGUGGAACUGUCUGUUAAAGCAAAUGGCAAAUACUGCUGCUUCUGUAAAUACCUGUUUCUGAAAGUCUAGUUCUGUAGCCCCUGCAAUUGCCGGCCCCAGUUCUGCGUGUGUAGAGAGACAAUACAAAUCUCUGCUGAGAGGAAGGUGGAAAUGGCUCCACAGCACAGGAGGCACAGUGCGUCUGUCUCAUCCCCUUCUCUAUAAUGCCCACAUCAUCUUAGAUUAAUCUCAGAUUACGUUGACGCUAUUCCAGAUUCCAGUGAGCCAUAGCAGGAAUCCCAUAUGUGAAUUGGAGACGUUUACAGCAGUUCUCUGUUGCUGAGACUUACAGGGAAGGAAACAAUGUGGGAAAAAAAGAAGCACUAACAAGUUUUAAAAGUACAAGUCUAAAACCUCAAAAGGCAGGCAACUGAUGUUUUUAUACCGCUUCAAUUAUUAUUGGAAUCUCUUGGGAAAAAACCAAGACAUGGCACCCAAUACUUUGUCAAAACUUGCUGUCGACGCAGUGAGAAGGGGGGCUUUCACUUUAUAAACAGUUGCACUAUAAGAAAGCCCCGUUUUGGGUGUGUGUAUAUAUACAAGGAGUCGGGGUAGGGGGGUGGGGGGUGCUGUGCAGGUGUGUGUGCAUGUAUAUGUAGGUACACACAGCUAUAUUUUAGUGAAGUGUGCAUAGUUAAGACCAGCUUCAUCUCAGUCUUCUGGUGACGUUACACCUCGCGAAGUUACCACAGACCUGAGACAGAAUGACAGCUUUUGUAUUUGCUUUCAUAUUUAAGAUCUAUGGGUUAGACAAAGUAUACAAUAGCAAUGUGUUUUGAUCUGCUGCACUUUUUUUUUAAAAAAAAAACAUUCCUUAUUCCCCUGGUACUGCUGCAUCUCCCAUUCCUUCCUCUCCCCAUUUAAAACUUAAAACCAGUUGGUCUCCUGUACCUUUCAGUUAAGACUUUUCAGAUGCUGCACUAUAGAUUUUAUAUUGGAAGAGCCGGGCCAAGAGUUGAACCUUCGGAGGCCUCCAGGGUCCUCACCGCCCAGGGCCAGCACCAGGAACGGCAACCGACACACAGCGUAGGCGUGGGAAUAAACGCGAUGCAGCUACUGCAGCUUACUGCGGGACUGCUCCAAACGGACACAACUGUAACUGUACCAUCUGUGCGGAUGCUCUUAGCCCACCUGCAGCUGGCAGGGGACAGGCAUGACCUUGAACCUCAGGGACAGAGGUGUCACUAACGGUUUUUUUAUCUGGUGUCUAGAGGUGUACCAAGGCUGCACCCACAAGCGGCAGACUUUGCUGGAUUUACAGCCCCUUCGGGGGCCAUAAAUCUUCCGUGCGAUUGUAAGCCAAUCCGCUACCACUGUCCGUCUGCAAAGUCAAGUAAGAAACGUGGCGAGGUUUGUAUGGAGAAAAAAAAAAAAAAGGCAAAAAAAAAAAAGCAGUUGUCAUUCGGUAACUUCUAGGCAUUUACAAACAGCACGGGCCAGCUCACACAUCAGGGACAAAUGCGGUCCGUGGUGCUGCAGCUAUGCAUUUUGGCAAAGGUUGUUUUGUCAACAAGUUUUUCACUCGUUUUGCUGUAUAAGAUUCCACCUUAGCUUCUCACCAGCAUUAAGAGGGAUCUGAGGAGUGCUAAAACCAGCCUCUUUCUAACCUGUCACUUGAAGAGCUGUGUGCCCUUAGGAGGUAGCACUUUUGACAAGCAAAAGCCUGCCCUGUGGCUUGGGUCUUACUGCGGAUUCUGUUCCUCUUCCUCUCACUUAUUUUUGUCAUGUAAAACUACCUGCUUUAUAAAUGAAUGUAAAAUACAGUAGUUCUUCAGCACAUGGACAAAUGUGUAUUUUAUCUUAAUGUUUCCUUUUAUGUUAAAUAAAAAGCAUAUGAUUUUA